ACAGCCUAGGAGUAGUUGAUAGACUAGGAAGGCUGGUUGCCUAGUAUUUAGCAGGAAGGGGAGGCCUCUUUACCGACAGGAAACUGAAAGUAUACUCCUUUACAGAGAGAGGGAGGAGACUGCGGCAGCGGCAGCGGCUGGUGGGAGCCCGAUGUGGCAGAGGGGCAGCCGCCGCCGACCGGGAGGCGGAGGGCCCGCGAAGCUCAGAGCUGGGGAUACCGCCGCCAUCCUCCUCGCCUACCCCACAGCCCUCCUAGACGCGCUCCCCGCCUACAGAUCCACCCCUCCCAGCCCGUGCAAGCACCCGGCUCGUCGCCUGCUGAUCCUCCUUCGACACAGGCUCACCGCGGAGGCAGCAGCGAGGUGCAUGAAGACCCCCAACACACAGGAGGCCGAAGGGCAACAAACCAGGGCAGCUUCGGGACGGGCUACUGGGUCCACAAACAUGACGAAGAAAAAAACCUCCCAAAAGAAGCAGAGAGGCAGACCUUCAUCCCAGUCCCGCAGGAACAUCGUGGGCUGCAGAAUUUCACAUGGAUGGAAGGAAGGUGAUGAGCCCAUCACCCAGUGGAAAGGAACCGUUCUGGAUCAGGUACCUCCUGACCAGCCUUGCCCACCUCAAGCACACAGGGAAGCUGUGAUGGAAGUUUGUGCAGCUCUGUUUCCAGGCAUGAAGACCCCCAACACACAGGAGGCCGAAGGGCAACAAACCAGGGCAGCUUCGGGACGGGCUACUGGGUCCACAAACAUGACGAAGAAAAAAACCUCCCAAAAGAAGCAGAGAGGCAGACCUUCAUCCCAGUCCCGCAGGAACAUCGUGGGCUGCAGAAUUUCACAUGGAUGGAAGGAAGGUGAUGAGCCCAUCACCCAGUGGAAAGGAACCGUUCUGGAUCAGGUGCCUAUAAAUCCCUCUCUUUAUCUGGUGAAAUAUGAUGGAAUUGACUGUGUCUAUGGACUGGAACUUCACAGAGAUGAAAGAGUUUUGUCUCUUAAAAUUCUUUCCGAUAGGGUGGCAUCAUCUCAGGUCGGUGAUGCCAACCUUGCAAACACCAUAAUUGGUAAAGCUGUGGAACAUAUGUUUGAGGGUGAGCAUGGUUCUAAGGAUGAAUGGAGGGGAAUGGUCUUAGCCCAAGCACCUAUCAUGAAAGCCUGGUUUUAUAUUACCUAUGAGAAAGAUCCUGUCUUAUACAUGUACCAGCUUCUAGAUGAUUAUAAAGAAGGAGACCUCCGUAUCAUGCCAGAGUCCAGUGAGUCUCCUCCAGCAGAGAGGGAGACAGGAGGAGUUGUAGAUGGCCUGAUAGGUAAACAUGUGGAAUAUACCAAAGAAGAUGGCUCCAAACGGAUUGGCAUGGUCAUUCACCAAGUGGAAGCCAAACCCUCUGUGUAUUUCAUCAAGUUUGAUGAUGAUUUCCAUAUCUAUGUCUAUGAUUUGGUGAAAAAGUCCUAACUGUUAGGGUAAACUUUGCCACAUUUGUGAGAACAAAUGUAUACUUUGUAGACGUGCAAAACAAUGUUGCUUUUCAGUGUAUUGAAAGCUUAAGGGUCCCUGUUAAUUCAACAUCUUUGCCAGCAUAACUGUUGUUUUUUUUUUUUUUUUUUUUGAAAAUACAAAUUUAUGUGGACAUGA